UGAGCCCGGCGACUUCGGCCCCUCCCCGCCCCCACCCGGCUGCCCUGCGCGCGGCCCUGCCCAUGUGCAGCCGGCCGGCCGGGCUCUGCUCCUCGCAGGCGGAUGGGUGACCUCUUCCUGGCACGGGCAGGCUGUGCGAGGCGGCGGAGCAGGCGAUGAAGCAGCAGCAGCAUCCCGGCGGCGGCGCGGAUCCCUGGCCCCAUGGGGCGCCUCUGGGGGGCGCCCCUGCCGGCCUGGGCGGCUGGAGGCGCCGGGUCUCCCUGCUGCCUUUCCUGCGCUUCUCGCUCCGGGACUACGGUUUCUGCAUGGCCACCCUGCUGGUCUUCUGCCUGGGCUCCCUCCUCUAUCAGCUCAGCGGGGGACCCCCUCGCUUCCUGCUCGACCUGCGGCAGUAUUUGGGAAAUUCCACUUACUUGGAUGACCAUGGACCACCUCCUAGUAAGGUGCUCCCCUUCCCGAGCCAGGUGGUGUACAACAGAGUCGGCAAGUGCGGCAGCCGCACUGUGGUCUUGCUUCUGAGAAUCUUGUCGGAGAAGCACGGAUUCAAUUUGGUCACGUCCGACAUUCACAACAAAACCAGGCUCACUAAAAACGAACAAAUGGAACUGAUUAAAAAUAUAAGUACCGCCGAACAGCCUUAUUUAUUCACUCGACAUGUUCAUUUCCUCAACUUCUCAAGGUUCGGAGGGGACCAGCCCGUCUACAUCAACAUCAUCCGAGACCCCGUCAACCGGUUUUUAUCUAACUACUUUUUCCGUCGCUUUGGAGACUGGAGAGGGGAACAGAAUCACAUGAUCCGCACCCCCAGCAUGAGGCAGGAGGAACGCUACCUGGAUAUCAAUGAGUGUAUUCUUGAAAACUAUCCCGAGUGUUCCAAUCCCAGGUUAUUUUACAUCAUUCCGUACUUUUGUGGACAGCACCCCAGAUGCAGGGAGCCUGGUGAGUGGGCCCUCGAGAGAGCAAAACUGAACGUGAAUGAAAACUUCCUGCUGGUGGGGAUUCUGGAGGAGCUGGAAGAUGUGCUGCGUUUACUGGAAAGAUUGUUACCUCAUUACUUCAAGGGCGUGCUCAGUAUCUACAAAGACCCAGAGCAUAGGAAACUUGGAAACAUGACUGUGACCGUGAAGAAGACCGUCCCCUCCUCCGAGGCCGUGCAGAUGCUCUACCAGCGGAUGAGAUAUGAAUACGAGUUCUACCACUACGUCAAAGAGCAAUUCCACCUGCUGAAGCGCAAGUUCGGACUGAAGUCUCACGUCAGCAAGCCCCCUCUGAGGCCCCAGUUCUUUAUUCCGACUCCACUGGAGACCGAGGAGCCGAUUGACGAUGAAGAACAAGAUGACGAGAAGUGGCUAGAAGAUAUCUAUAAGAGGUGAUGCCAGCACUGUGUUGCCUCCAGUGGCUUUAUCUCC